UUUUCGCGUAUAUUUAUUUAUUCAUGGAUAUAAGAUACAAGAUUCGGUUACAAAAUAUAUUCUAUUUAAGCCAGCUUAUAACGAAAGAGUAAAUAAUUGCGCAAAAGUACCCUACACCGCUUCUCCGUACACCAUAUGUAGACUAUAAAAAUGUGUAAACAAUUGAAUAAAUAGGUGAAUAAAACAAAAUAAAUAGUGUAAGGUAUAAUUUGACAGCGAAGACAGGGCAGAUUGUGUAGUCUGUGGCGACCCUGGUUCGCCAACCAAGAAACAAAAAUUUGGUUUGGUUUUAAUGCUAUCUUUUCUGCUAUGUUAAUACAUUUCUAACAUUAUUAAUACCUAGUGCAUUUAUUUAAACUAUUGACUUUUGCGUCUCAACGAGAAACAUUUUCUAAAACAAUCGGCGAUAUUGCAUGGGUAACCAAUAAAAGCAGCUGUUUUCUCCUUUUGUUUGCAAGCAAAUACAUAUUCACUUACCAAUGCAAUCACAGACCAUUAAAUAAUUAAUGAAUUCAAAGGAAAAAAGUUGUGGCCAGUGUGGUGCAAAACAUACACAGCGAAAUCGUAUAAUCACGGACAGUUGCAGUCACCAAAAAUGCCGACACUGUUUCAUACAGGAGGAAAAUCAUUGCCAACAGUGUGCUGCACUUGGCCAAAGUCAUAAAGAACCAUUAACGUCCACUGUAGUGUUGUCUGGAAAGGACAUUCAAAAUAAUGUCAAGAAAAACAAGAAGACCGAAUUAUUCACUCACAUUGAGAAAGUGACAGAAGCCGGAACCACUAGAUAUCGGUGCACUGAAUGUAAUAAAGUAUUUAAUAGCAGAUCCCAAAAGUAUUAUCAUUUGAGUUGUAAUACAGAAGAACAGCAAAAAUUGCAUAAAUGUGAAAAAUGUCAAAAGGUAUUUGCUAAGAUCUCUCAUUUAAAAUAUCACUUAGAAUCUCAUACGUCUACAGAAUGGCGUUGUUCCCAAUGCUCUAAAGUAUUUGGCAAUCGCUUGAUUUUAAGGAAACACGAGAAAAUUCAUGACGAGAAAAUGCAAAGUAUAACCUGCUUGCAUUGCGGAAUAAACUAUCGCAGUAAGGCUUCCCUAGCGACGCAUGUAGCAGCAAAACAUAAUAAAAUCCUAGUGCAUGGUUGCAGUCAAUGCGAUAAAAGUUAUGCUUCCAAAUCAAUGCUGCAACAGCAUCUACUUACACACCAAACGAAAAGAUAUUGUUGCACUGUGUGCGGAAAAGGGUUCCCUCGUAAUUCGUCAUUAAAAUCCCAUUUCAAACGGCAUAGUAAAAUUGUGAUGUACCAAUGCUCAAGAUGUUGGAGAAAUUUUACCGACUUGGCUUCAUUUCGAAGGCAUAACAAACAACAUCAAAAUUCCUUGAAAUAUCGCUGCAUACAUUGUGACACAACAAUUUUACGGAAAGAUAACAUGUUACGGCAUGUUAGAGUCUUUCAUAGCAAUUGCACUGUUGACCAAAGUAUUGAAAUCAUUAAAUUACAUCCAGUCAUUGCUAUACACGAAAAUUGCGAAGCAAACGGAACAAGCAACGAAGAAUUUCAUAAAGGGAAAGAAACUCAAUCACCCAAAACCAUAGAAAAUAGUAGCGUUAUAAAAUGUAUAGGCAAUGUUGAACCAGUUAGGAUACCAUAUACGUGCGAAUUGAGAAAGGCUGAAAAUAUUAAAGUAUCUAAUGAAAGAAAUGGUGAAAGUCAUUUGCAAACGAUAGUAGAGCAAUACGAAUAUAGACAUAAGACGCCCAAAAAGCUAUUUAAUAUUGAAUUGUAUCGCCGUAUAUUGGAAGAUGGCGAGAGCAACAACGACAACAAAGGAUCUUAUAUGCCGUCAGAAAGCCAAAAUAGUUUACCUGCCACGUCUGACGGAGUUGUGAACCACCAACCAGUUGAAGAGAAACGUAAACCAUUGCACUGGCGCAAAAAUUUUAAAUAUAACUAUGAAUUAACAGAAUUUUAAUUUGAACAGCUAAGAAUCUUUGCAAUUCAUAUUAAUGCUGAAGUGUUAUUAUUUUGGCUUCAACAUUUAAUGCUUUUAAUUUUUUCUUAAUCUUAAAAUUGAAUACAUAUAUGUAUUGCAAAUAAUCACCACAUACUAUUACCUGGACAUAUAAGCCGCAUUUUUCAUUGAGUUACUUAGUCCAUUCAAACUCAACAUCAAAAAAAAA